AUGUACUACAGCGAUUUCUCGAUGCUGCAAGUUCCAGUACUGGCCCAGGGCGUUUGCCAAUGCCAAGACAACCCCGAGGUCCCCUCUCACCUCAUUCGACACCCAGUACUAGAGCUGCUGUCGUCCGCUGACCUGCUCGGUGUCGAAUCCAAAAAGUCGUACCUGCAUGGCUAA